GGCUGCGCUUUCCCAAGCACAACUCAGACGAUCGACAAACGCGUAGCGGCAAGGUUGGAUCGUUGGAAGUUACUUCUAGUAUAAAAUGGGACGUCUGUUAAUCAGCUUGGUAGCGCUGCUGGCGCUCAGCGGUUGUGCUCUAGUGGAAGGCCGCAAAGGUUUUGGUCCUGGUGAGCAGGAUUGGGGCUUUGUGGAUGUACGCAAGGACGCUCACAUGUUCUACUGGCUUUACUACACCACUGCCAAAGUCUCUAACUAUACGCAACGUCCUUUGGCCAUUUGGUUGCAAGGUGGACCAGGCGCCUCCUCUACAGGUUAUGGCAAUUUCGAAGAGCUGGGCCCACUUCAACUCGAUGGCAGCUAUCGCUCAUGGACUUGGGUGAAGGACAUGAAUGUAAUGUUCAUUGACAAUCCUGUGGGCAGUGGCUUCAGCUAUGUCGAUAGCAGCAGUGCGUACACCACUAACAACAAGCAAAUUGCCUUGGAUUUGGUGGAGCUCAUGAAGGGUUUCUACAAAGCGCAUCCAGAAUUCAAGAAGGUGCCUCUGCAUAUUUUCUGUGAGAGUUAUGGCGGCAAAAUGGCACCGGAAUUCGCCUUGGAGCUUUACUAUGCCAUACAGCGUGGCGAAAUCGAAAGCAACUUGACUUCUGUAGCUUUGGGUGAUCCUUGGACCUCACCCAUAGACUCUGUCAUGUCCUGGGCGCCUUAUCUGCUGCAGCUAGGCAUUGUGGAUCAGGAUGGUCAUGACAAGAUUGAAGCAUCAGCAUUAAAAACUAAAAAGUACGUGGACACAGGCAAGUGGACGCAAGCAACGCUGCAAUGGAGUUCCACACAGAGUGUGGUGCUGCGCGAGUCCAAGGGUGUGGAUUUCUAUAAUGUGGAGAAGCCAACGCGUGGCGAUCAGUACCUGAGAAAUUUGUUUGCUAUGAGCCACGAGGAGCGCAUGUAUCGCACUUUGGUACAUUACGACAUUGAUGAGAAUCGCGAUAAGAUGCUGGAGGAGCUUAUGCUGACUAAUGUCACCGAGGCGUUGAACAUAACGACAGGUGUCAAGUGGGGCGCUCAGAGUGGCACUACAUUUAGCAAGCUGAUGGGUGACUUUAUGAAGCCUGCAGUGCAUAUUGUUAGCGAACUUUUGAACAAUAGCACGGUCAAGGUCGGCGUCUUUUCUGGUGGCUUGGAUUUGAUUUGUGCCACCCCCGGUGCAGUUAACUGGAUUGCUGGCAUGGAGUGGGAGGACAAGCAGUCUUAUCUGAAUUCAUCUCGUUUGGGCAUUAAUGUGAAUCGCGUGCUGGAGGGCUAUGAGAAGACUGCUGGCAAUUUCAGCAUGUUCUGGGUAAAUCGCGCUGGACAUAUGGUCCCGGCCGAUAAUCCAGCUGCCAUGUCGCAUAUACUGCGUUAUUUUACCAAAUUUGGUUAAAAGUUUAAAUAAAUAAACGCGAACGAACAAUAAAGAAUCAA